UUCCCACCUUCGCAGCGCAAAAAAAUGUAGAAGACUUCACUGGACCUAGAGAAAGAAGUGAUCUGGGAUUCAUUACAUUUGAUAUAAGUGUGGAUCUAGAGAAUAUAUUUGAUUGGAAUGUUAAACAGUUGUUUCUUUAUUUAUCAGCAGAAUAUUCAACAAAAAAUAAUGCCCUGAACCAAGUUGUCCUUUGGGACAAGAUUGUUCUGAGAGGUGAUAAUCCAAGGCUGCUGUUGAAAGACAUGAAAACAAAGUAUUUCUUCUUUGAUGAUGGAAAUGGUCUCAAGGGAAACAGAAAUGUCACUCUGACCCUAUCUUGGAACGUUGUACCAAAUGCUGGCAUUCUACCUCUUGUGACAGGAUCAGGACAUCAUGGGAACUCUAAGCCAAGACCUUCUCUUCAGCCCUUAGAUGUUUCUUUUAUCAUUUUGUCGUCAUUCUGCUUCACCACUGUCAGGCUGGCGCCCUGUUCUGACCGCAGGGCCUCGUUCUCCCGCUUGAAGUCGGAGACCUGUGCCUGGAGCAAGUUCACUUCCUGUCUCAGCUUCGUGACCUGAUUUUCUGCCUUCGCAGCCCGUUUGGUCAUGAGCUCCAGGUUCUGCGUCACCUGCUGCACUACCGAUUCCAGAUCGUGGUGGUCACUCUCCUUGAUCAUCUUCGCUUCUAACUUCCGCUCAAUUGUCCUCACCAUUUCUGUCUGAGUUUCAGAGAAGCCCUGAAUCUCAUUCAGCUUUCCUCGUAGCUUUUACCUCUCUCUACGUGAAGUAUUAAAGCAAGAAUUCUGAUUUCAGUGGAUGAUUGAGUCAUGAAUUAGCACCGCAGAAAGUUCACCUUCAACAGCCCUCAUUGUACUCAAGAAGACCUCAUGCUGCUGGGUUUUCACGUGUGUAAAUACAUCCCACUUGUUUAUCUGUGAGUCCAGUUGUAAAUGGGCACGUGGGAAUUGAAUAGUAGAGGAGCUCAUUGUAGAAGUGUAUUUAAAAUAAGUGCACAUUCUAAAGGAGAUCUCUUCUGUCCCACUGCUCCCCCCACCCCGUUGUUAGGGACUUGGAGAGUAUAACCUCCUGGGGUAAGUGAAUUAGUGCACAGUGGGAAGAAAUCUGUUGACUGACUGGGGAGGAGAGUUAUGAGGUAAGGUGUGCUGAGGGAUCUGGAGUAGACAUCUUUUAAGAGAAUAUGAGAUGUCUUUGCCAAGUUGUGUGAGCACCUCCCAACUUCGUCAAGUCUGGGACUUGUUCCUGAGGGAGACUAGAAGAGAUACAGGCAGAAAGCAGACAGGAAAAUUGUAAUUGCAAUACUAUGCUUUUAAGAAAAAUUGCAGCUUUAGGACAGUUACCCAAGGUUACAUUGUCCUUUUCCAGGACACACCCCGCCAAAAAAAAAAAAAAAAAAAAAAAAAAAACGGUUUUAAAGA